UCCCUCGACGAUCCUUCAAUUCUUUUAUCCCACGAACGAAUAAUAAUGGCGACGAACGGCAGAGAAACCCGACGGCGCCGUAUUGUGGAACGAGGGAAUGACCGAUUAGCCCUUAUCACCGGCAGGAUCCCAACUCUAUCAUCGGAAACGGAAUCGGGAUCGGGACCGGGAUCGGAAUCUCGGCAUUCUCACACCGCCUCUUGCCCUCCAUGGAUUUCUCGCGAUCACCUCCCUUCCAAUCAAUCGUCUCCCGUUUCUGUUAGUGGGAGUGAGGCUUCUGGACCAUUUUUGCCCGAUAAUGACCGUGGAAUUGAGCCUGGUGAGCAUAAUGAAUCUGAUGGCAAAAGCAGAACAACUCCAUUCAUGCGAAAAUGUGAGUCGAACAUUGAAACCUCAAGUGCACCUGCCUUGGAUCUUGAUGGCAAAGAGCAGUUAUUUCCGGAUUCAUCUCCUGUGAAUCCUCCAUGCCUUUCUGCUUCUGAGGGUGGUCAAUUUUUUAAACUGAAGAGCAACUAUCACAAUAUUUUCGCCCCAAAUAAAAUUAGUUCUGCAAUUGCAGCUUCUGAGAGUAUUCGCCUCAACUUUUCUCUUGUGGCUGCCAUUUUGGUUCUUGUGUCCUAUAACAGCCACUUCUUCAACGUGGUCAUAUUCUUUAGACCUCUUCUGCUGCUGUUGUUGACCAACAUAUCGAUUGUUAUUGCACGCCUUCUCGUAGAAGAAGAAGCAGGGUCCCAAAGGAAUCAAAAAGCGGCAAACAGUAUCCCUACUGCUGGUAUGGUUGAUCAAAUUGGGAAGGCUCUGGAGCUGGGAUUGUUAUUGCAAAACGUUAUGAAUGCACUGUUCAUGGAUUGUAGUAUCUACUCAAUAACAGUCGUAUGUGGCCUUUCAAUAAUCCAAAAGCUUGGCUGGUAAAGUUUUUUUCCUGGCUGGAGGAUCUAAGAGGUGUAUCAUCUUAACAAGUUUGUUUUGUCUGUUUUUACGUUUUGUUGCUAACUUAUUUUGAGAAACAUUUUGCUGCUUGUCAUUCCUAAUAUUCGGCCUCCUACAGCCCUACCCCAAAAAAGACGGUGAUAGAAGUUGUCUUCAUAUCCAAUUUUGUAGCUUCACCAGACAGAAAAAAUCGACUUAUGUGGAUGUUUCCGAGUUUAAAGUAUUUUUGUGAGAUUGUGCCACAUUA